AUGUUGCCCUUACAUUCAUCAUCGCCGAAAGGGAAGAUGCAUCGCCAUGCAUACUCGAACGGGGCUUAUCCUUCGCAAGGAAGCACCUUUUCGAUUCAACCUCACAAGUUUCAGCCUCGGUCACAACCUGCGCUCAGGCGGCGGAGGCAAUUGAUUCAGCGCCUACUCCUCUUGGGCUCGGUGUUUCUUACAGCAUUCUACUUCAUCUUCCCCGACCUGCGACCGAACCUGGGCUCUGGUCCUCUAAGCUACCUGACCACGAGCGAUGAUUCGCAACUCGAGACUGUCCGCUACUACGACCUCAACAAUGUACAAGGCACCGCACGAGGGUGGGAGAGGGAGGAGAGGAUAUUGAUCUGCGCCCCUCUGCGCGAUGCAUCGCCGCAUUUGCCCAUGUUCUUCAGCCAUUUGCAGAACUUGACGUACCCGCACAACCUCAUCGAUCUGGCAUUUCUAGUUGGAGAUUCCAAGGACAACACUAUCGCGCUGUUGACGGAGAAGUUGGAGGAGCUGCAAGCCAACCCGGAUCCCAAGAAGACAUUUGGCGAGAUCUCAGUUAUGGAGAAGGACUUCGGACAGAAGGUCAACCAGGAUGUUGAGUCCCGUCACGGUUUCGCUGCGCAGGCUGGCCGUCGCAAGUCGAUGGCUCAGGCGCGUAACUGGCUUCUAAGCGCAGCUCUGCGACCUACUCACAGCUGGGUAUACUGGAGGGACGUCGAUGUCGAGACAGCGCCGUUUACUAUUCUCGAAGACCUCAUGCGACACAACAAGGACGUCAUCGUGCCAAACGUCUGGCGCCCACUUCCUGACUGGCUCGGUGGAGAGCAGCCUUACGAUCUCAACUCUUGGCAAGAAUCUGAGACCGCUCUCGCGCUCGCUGAUACCCUUGACGAAGACGCUGUCAUCGUCGAAGGUUAUGCAGAGUACGCUACUUGGAGACCGCAUCUGGCCUACCUUCGCGACCCAUACGGCGACCCAGACAUGGAGAUGGAGAUUGACGGUGUCGGCGGUGUCAGUAUCCUGGCAAAGGCAAAGGUCUUCCGUUCUGGUGUCCACUUCCCUGCUUUCAGUUUCGAGAAGCACGCCGAGACCGAAGGAUUUGGCAAGAUGGCCAAGCGCAUGAAGUUCUCCGUCGUUGGUCUCCCCCACUACACGAUUUGGCAUCUUUAUGAGCCUAGCGUCGACGAUAUUCGACACAUGGAAGAGAUGGAGAAAGAGCGCAAAAAGAAGGAAGAAGAAGAGAAGGCCAAGAAGGAGAAAGAGGAGAAGAUGCACGCGCAAUUCGAUACGAAGUCAUCUGAAUGGGAAAAAGAGAAGUCCGAGGUCCAGGACCUCGUUCAGAAGGCCAAGAACGAAGAGAAGGCUCGUGCCGAGAAGGAGCAAGCCGAGAAGGAACGCGUGAAGGCCGAAAAGACAGAAGGAAAGACAGAAGAGAAGAAAGGAGAAGAGAAGAAAGGAGAAGAGAAGGAGGGGCCGUAA